AAUAAUAAUAAAAAAAACAAACACAACACAAGGAAGAAACGAAUGUUAAGAAAAAAAAAAAGAAAAAUCAGUUACUAUAAAAGCAAAGAAAGACAAAGAAAAAAGCAAACACGAGAAAAUCGAAUCCUUGUCCGGUCCAAAUCUAAAUCCGUUUCCAAACACCAAACAAUGCAAUCCCAACACCAAACGACGUCGCAUCAUCCUCCUCUUCCUCCGUCGUCGUCGUCUUCGUCGUUCAAGCUCUCUUCCACGGCGAUUCUCAAAGACCCAAAAACAACACUCUCUGUAGUCUUAGCAACUUCUCUCUUCUCUCUCGUUUUCUUUCUCUCUCUCUUCUCUUCUUCUUCUUCUUCUACUAUUCACAGACCCGAACCCGACCCGUUUCUCUUCCCCAAAACCCAGACCCAUUUCCACAACGCCCAAAACCCUUCCGAUCCUCCUCCUCCGCCUUCGAUUGCUUACCUUAUUUCUGGUUCCACUGGAGAUUCGGCUCGGAUUAUUCGUUUGCUUUCUGCUACUUAUCAUCCUAGAAACCGUUAUCUUCUUCAUUUGGAUCGAUUUGCUUCUCGUGCUGAGAGGGAUCGUCUUGCCGUUAAUGUUCAGUCCGUUCCUAUUUUUAAUGCUGCUCAGAAUGUUGAUGUGAUUGGAAAAGCUGAUUUUGUUUACCCUAAAGGAUCUUCGUCUCUUUCGUUUACUCUUCAUGGUGCUUCUAUGCUUCUUAGGUUGGCUUCGAAUUGGGAUUGGUUUAUCAGUCUCAAUGCCGGUGAUUACCCACUCGUUACUCAGGAUGAUCUUCUUCACAUUUUGUCUUACUUGCCAAAAAGUCUCAACUUUGUGAGUCAUUCAAGCUACAUUGGCUGGAGAGAGUCUAAGAAGUUAAAACCCAUAAUUGUAGAUCCAGGGCUUUAUUUAUCAGAGAAAUCAUCAAUGUUUUAUGCUUCACAAAAGAGGGAACUGCCUAAUGCUUAUAAACUAUUUACAGGUUCAUCGUUUGCCAUUUACAGCCGUAAUCUUAUUGAAUUCUGCAUUCUAGGUACGGAUAACCUCCCUAGAACUCUGUUGAUGUAUUUUUCCAACACACCUUCAGCACUUUCCAGCUACUUCCCCACCAUUUUAUGCAAUUCUCGACAGUUCAACAAAACCAUUGUAAACCACAACCUACAAUAUGCCAACUUCGACAAACCCCCAAAGGAGGAGCCCCGUAAGGUCAUUCCCGAUGACUUUGAUCCAAUGAUUCAAAGUGGGGCAGCCUUCGCUUCUAAAUUCAACCUGAAUGAUCCAUUACUUGACCGUAUCGACCAAGAAAUUUUAAGCCGAGGCAGAGGUGAUGUCGUGCCUGGUGGCUGGUGCUUAGGUGAGCCUAGAAACAGCACGUGCUCGGUAUGGGGAGAUGCUGAUGUUCUGAGGCCUGGUCUAGGUGCGAAAAGACUCGAGAAACUUAUUGUUAAGCUGCUCUCUAACGGUACCUCAACAACUAAUAGAUGCAUAUUUGAAUGACUACCAAGAAAUGAAGGGUAUCAAGAGCUGCCCUUAACACCUGCUGUAAAUUUUUGGAACCAUGUUAACUACUUGGUGUCAAUUCUUUUAGGAACACACUAGAUUUGUUUAUAGGCUCAUUCGAGUUAGAGGUGUUGUUCACAUUACAGGUACUAGAAAAUAGAAUUCAUUUUGCCAUUUAAGAUUUGAGUAAAGAACCAUGUUUACAAAGAUGAUUUGAUCAUACCAUGUUGUACUAAAGAUGUAUGUGACCACAUUACUGGAAUUGGCUUUAAUUUAUCAUAUUUAGUGUUGAAUUA